UCGCGGCCUGGUUUGCGGCGUGCCCACGCUGACUGGGGAAGAAGCGGGUGCAUCGUGUAAAUUCCAACCAUGGCAGAUAAGACUGCGAAGCAGGCAGUCGCUUCGGGAAGCGCCACCGAGCAGCUGAAUCCUGACCAGGUGCCACCGGCCGAGAGGCCACUCAAGAUCACCAGGAAGAAGUCCGAGCGAGCACAAAGAAAGCCUGUGUCGUGGACGACUGACACCAUCGACAACGAAAACCUCAACCGUAUGAGUUCGAAGUGCUGCUGCAUCUACGUCAAGCCCACCAAAUUUGGGGAGGACUCGGAAGACAAUGAAGAGGAAGGGGACUGCGACAAUUGCCGCGGUCACUUUCCGAAAGGCCGCAAAAUUCGCAAGGAUGACCAUAAAUGCGAUCCGCCUGCUGUGAACGCGGUCCCCUCUCAAGAAAAGCCUCAAGGCCAACGACUUCCCCCGAGCCCGGGUUCGUAAGGGUCGCCCCAACGCCGCUUCGCUCCCCAGUCAUCUUACGACAUAGGGCACAAGACUUUCCGGGUGCUUUGCCUUGACUCUAUAUAGGGAAAUGAACUGCGACUCAUAAUUUUGUGAGAAGCCGUCGUGAAGUUGUGUUGUGGAGGUGUCUGCAGCGACAUGUUCUGCCGCACAAGGAGUCUCAGAAGUCGCCACCUACACGAAGCGCCAUCACGUCCCUCUGGACGUGGCAACACAGAUGAAAUGCGCCUUCAAGUGUAGCGGCACAUGACUUGUUUUCUGGUGCCCGAACAAGUCUCAAGGGCUCGCGCAGAAGUGCGGGCGUAGGAACGUAGCGUAAAGCGUUUUGAUAAGAUAAUUGUUUUCCCUAUAUUGCUGUCUUGAGCACCGCACCUGAUACCACUGCAAUGGAGCAUAUUGAUGCAUUGCACGCGCGAGAGCAGAAGUUGGUGCAAUAGGCGUAGAUGAUAUUCUGCCG